AUCUCACGCUUCGUCCGUCAUUACCAAGCACUUUUUGGGUUCCGGACGAACAACAACAACAGCCAAGAUGGGAGAGGUUUUUUCCAAAUGUGCGUCUUUGGCUGCGACUCUACUGUUCUAUUUUGGUAUCAGGAAGAAGCCACUGGUCUUUGUUAGCGGUCUCGUGCCUCCGCAAAAACGUGCGACCAUCGACGAGGAUGAGGACGAGAACGCAUUCUCCUUCAUGGAGGAAACGUUAUGGCCAAUAAACCCGAAAAACCCUAAGGCCUACCCCUAAGCCCUAGGCCAAAAAACUGCCCUUAGCCCAAAAAAGUUAUACCAGCUGAAGCAUCCUCAGUAUCCUCUAUCUCUAAAAAACUCCGCGCACGCGGCAGGAGAGGACGAGCACGGGCAUCGGGAUUAAGGCCUCGGGUUCAAAAUCUUUGUCAAUGGUUCGAAAUCUUUGGCAAUAGAUGUAUGAUGUGUAUAUAGCGGGCUAUUGUUCCCUUGUUUUUUUCCCCUUUGGGAGUCAGCCAAUGCCUGGCAUUAACGAAAGCACUUUGUAGGUACCUCAAGGUUCUUUGAAGAUUCUAACUGAAGCCGCAAUGAUACAAAUUACAUAAUGAUGGCUAGAGAAAAGAAUUUCGGGUCUGUGAAGAAAGCAUCCGGAUUUAAUUGUGAUUUUUUUUGAAUUUUGAAACGACCUCUAACUUGGAGACAACCGACGACCGACUAAGACGACAAAGUCAGAAGCAUCAGCAGCAGCAUCCUCUUCUUCUUCUUCUUCUUCUUCUUUUGUGUCUACCUCUACGUCAAAGGACAAAGCCACACAUGAGAUGCCGCAAUUUCAUUACGUAAGCCAGGAGCACGCGGAUAUUGAUGCUAUUAGAAGAGUUAAGGCUUGAGGAAAUACAUCUUCACGGGCAUUUUGGUCCCGUUUUUUAAGGGAAAAGGGGACGAAAAGUGCUGCUGAAGAUGGAUCCCUGCAAGUUCUAAAAGAGGCUCCUACGAGAGGGGCGACGACGAUGAGGAGAACGAGAAGCACGCGGAAGAGGUGGGCUCCGAACUAAGCAAGUCCGCCCAUGCGGCAGGGGAGGAUGAGCACCAACACCAGGAUUACGGCAGGGUUUUUAGAGUCUUUGCUCAUAUCAAACUGUUAUUUAUUAUUAUGCCAUCGUUGUCCUUCGGUCAUGAGCCCCGUCUAAGGGACCGGCCUUAGCCAGGUUGUAGUGCCCAUCUGUGAGUUUAGUUGGCUUGGCCGCUUACUUGAGUGAGGGGGCGCAGGUGGAGCUGAAACCCCCCACCCUGACCACGCUCCCCCAUCGGUUUCGGCUGUCUCGGGUUAGGUUUGGGUGAGAGAGUUAAAGCAAGUUGGGCCUUUUCCCUCCUGUGCCCCCUAAUGCUAUUAUUAUCUUUUUUUAAACCGAAAGUGGUUUGCAAGGCUAAACUAGGGUAGACCUAUGGCCUGGGAUGUACAGAAAUCAUGGCCAAGAUGUACGGGGUAGAUGUAUACACCUCGAACGCAUCAGCGGAGAGAUGUACGCUGUAGGCACGUCGGUCAUCGACAUGAUCUACGCCAUAGACCACGCACUCGCGCCGGGGUGCUCUUUGACGGUUUUUCUCCUUAUCAUGCUUCUGAGAUGUACGGCAAUCAUGGCCGAGAUGUACUUGUAAGCGUAUGCAUCAUUUUUCGCAAAUUUUCUUCGAUUUUAAGUACAUCCUUUCAAUGGUUCUGCUCCUGUUAAGCAUUUCGCUAGCACCUUGCUGCCGGAUAUCCUUAGAUCUGCUUGCGUUUGUAAUUGCUUCGCAGACAUUGUGCUGCGGUCUUUUUCAAAUUGUUCACAUUACGAAGGUAGGCCGGUAAUUGCUUCAUUUAUUUCUACCGCAGUCCGCUAUUCGUCACGGUACUUGUAGCACGCCGGCAGGCAGUAAAUAUCUCAUGUAGUUUUUAGAAUUUGUAGGAGUAGGACCCUUCCGCCCUGCGCCGGCGUGUGAACACAUCACCGGGGAAGCGUGGGCGGCAGUCUAUGUGCUCGCUAUUAGAUUACUCCUGCUCUAGUGCAGGGCUAGCUCUUAGUCUUUGAUUAAUCGCCGUCUAGUUGAUUCACUUUCACAUUACUAUACCAUAGAAGUAGCAAGAAGCCAGGCAUUAUUGCUUCGUCUUAUUGCCAAUGAGAAGCAUUCUAUUAAUUUUUGCCGAUUUGUAAUUGUAUUAUCCUUCUGAAGUUCUUUUUGAAUUUUUGACGCACGCGCUAAUGUGGAGACAAUGGGUGGCCGAACGAGAUGAGAAGCCAAGAGGCAUCGCCAGUAUCCUCAUGGUCGUCACCUUCUUCUUCGUUCGUGUCCACUUCCGCGUCAAAGGACCAGGAGCAGGACAAGACCACACAAGAGAUCAGGGAGAGCCACGGGCACGCGGAUAUUGAAGCUAUUAGACGAGGCACCGAGGAGGGCGAGGAGAUGGAGGAGGAAGAGGUGGGCCUCGAGCCAGAAAAUACAGCGCGUGUGGCAGUAGAAGAUGAGAAUCGCCAUCAGGAUUAAGGCUUGGCUCUUAAAAUCUUUCCCUUUGCUUAUAGAUCUAUGGUGCUGUAGAGGCGGGCUACUAUUCUCUGAGCCACCUCUUACUCGCAACAAGAUGGAGCAUGCUCUUGAGAAUUACUAAUACGUAACGGCAAACGAAACUACUCUAAAGUCAUUCUAAUUCAUUAUCUAUUAACCAACUAACCGUAACCCCGGCGCACUUUUCUGGCUGAGGCGGGGUGGAGGAGGCGGCGGCGUCAAGGGAAUGCCCCUUGGUGCAUCUUGUGCGCCUCCUAGCUCUUCCGCGGCUGUCUCGUAGCUGCUCCGUCGCUGUUCCGCAGCUCUUCCGCGGCUGCUCCGCGACUGCUCCGCGGCUGCUCCGUACGUGUGCCGGAGCUGCUCCCCGGCUGUUCCGCAGCGGUCCGGCUGCGGAAGAGGAUGGAGCCCCUGGAGGGCCCGCGUGUGCGCGGGCAAGGCUCAGCGCAAAACUGCCCCGGGGUGCUCCGGAGGGGUUCUGAAAGCUGGUCGGUGACUGGCGGCUCCUUGUGUGUCUCAGUUUAGCAGGCCUCUUGCGCUGCCUUAUGGUGCUCCUGCUUGUUCCGGGGCUUGUCCUGGGGGCUGUGCAGCAGCCCGCUCCGCAGCUGCUUCCGCGGGGGGUUCUGCAGAGUGGUCCGCGAAGAGUCCAGCGGCGCGCGGGUCUCUGCCCCCGUGGCGAUUGCGUCGCGCCUGUAUCCCUCUAGUUGCGCUGAGUGGCAGCGCGGCGCGGCGCCUGACCUUGUCCCCGUUGCGUUUUUCUGCGCCCUUAGCACCACCAAGCAAACGGGCCGCCUGGGCCUGCUCCGUGGCGCUAGGACUCCAGCUGGCUGGCUGUGCCCCGCCGUCUUCGCCUUGUGUUCGACUCUGGCCGGCGUCUGCCCUUAGCUCUCCACCGUCUUGACCCGUGCCACCGCCGCGCCCUUCGGCACUUGUUCUUGCGCCUCUCCCUUUGUCUCGUUCUCCGCUUUGGUCUUAUGUCUCUUCCCCUCUCUUCGCUCGUUCGGUCCUCGGCUGCCCUUGGUUGCCGCCUCCUCGCCCUUCAAAACUAGCCCCCAGCGGCGAGCGCAGCGCGACGCCGGUGGAAGUACUCAAUAAGCGCGGGCUGAAUAUUCAAUAUGGCUGGUAAGUAAUGGAAAAGUCGACGGCGGUGGGGUGGUGGAUUAAAGAUAUGCGACGGCUCUUGGUUUCAGGUCAUUUUUAAGACCACCUAGGCUAGCCACGCCUCCUCUCCUCUAUCUAGUUCGUGUCAACUGCAACUACAAGCGUGACUUCUAGAUGAUACAAGGGGGAGGGGCAUAUGCGAAACAAGGACAAGUGUACACGGAGGGGCCUGUCUCGAUAGAUUAGAAGGAGCCAGCUUUUCUUAAAUGCACAGCUAGGGCCAGGGCUUAUACAUAAGCAACAUCUACUGUCGACAUCAAAUUUUUCACAAGUGGGCAAGGACAUAGAAAUAGAUGGAGAGGAUAUGCAACUUCUGGCGUUGGCCUGAAAUUCAUAAUCACAAGUAGACUGUCUUAGUGCUUUUUUUUAUUUCGUCAUGGAGGUGGGUGGAUAGGGAUUGAAGGGGCGAAGCACUCUUCUUGUUUGGUCACGGUUCUGGAUUUAAGUAUAACUGAAAGGAAAGGACUUUGACUUUGUGCACUUAAUACAUUUGCAUACACCUAUGUAUAGCUUCUUGAUUGAUGAUUGUGCGAAAGAGAGUGCCUUCUUUCAGGUUUAUGAGGUUUCUUUUAUUCGAAAAGCUAAGUCACGCGAGGACAUUGCUUUUGACCCCUCUAACAUGGAGACCAACGGCGGCCGACCAAGACGAAAAGCAGAGAAGCUCUGUCGCCAUCUUCUUCUUCCUCUUCUUCGUUGUUCGUGUCUUACAAGGCGAGUGAGGAGCCUAG